AUGAACGAGCCGCAAGCAGCUGGCGGCAGCCAUGACACAAGCAUGCAAGAUGAUAGUGAGCGCCCCAGGCAAGUCAUCUGCUGGAUCCCUCAGAAAGAACCGCGCACCUUUUCCGGUAAAGCUGAUGAGGAUGUCGACGACUGGCUGAAGUAUUAUCAACGGUCUUACUCCACCUCCGACCGGCUUUCGCCGCUCGCCAUCGCCUCGCCGUCGCUCACGUUCACCACCAUCCCAGCUGGGAAACUAUCUAGUGCGACCGAUGGAGGUGAGGCUGCCAAGCCAACCUUGCAGCAACAAGCGAGUGAGCAAGCUCAACACGCUGUGGCACAAGGCUCUGCAGCGCUAUCCGGGGACUUCGGCCCUGCCGUCGGGACUUUAGAAGCGCCGCCUUGCUCGGAGUUUAAUGCGGGUUAUUGCCCGUACACCGAGGACUACCCAAUUGAUGUCGUCACCGAAGUGACCAGGUUCCUGCGCUGGCCCCUGGAGAAACUGUUUCGGGACCUGCGACACUCACAAAGUCCUCCGCUGGCGGAUGAUGGGAGUGGAUCUUUGGCCUGCGACACCGUAACCAGAAUCGUGCGUCCUGGCUGGGCGAAAAACACGCUCGGUCGCUGGCUCGUGGUCAUUAACACACUCUACUACGAGCAGUUGGUAACGGAAAUAUCGUGUAGAUACGAGAACUCGGCCUGCAACCUGGUGGCGCCUUGCUUCUACGCCAGCUGCCAGCAGCGCUACAACCUGCAGACGCUGCUGGUGAUCGACCCGACGGAUCCGUACAAAGGACCUUUGCUGUCGCGCUUCCUCUUCCCUUCCUGCUGCGUUUGCUCGGCGCCCGGCGGCGACAGUCAGCGCGCCGCUGCCAACCACAAGUAUAGCGCCGAGCCCUGA